CACUGCCUGCCUGCACGUCGAGCAAAAAAAAAACGGCAGCGGCGGCCGUUGGGGGAAGAGAGUAAACAGAGAGAGAAGCCUCAAGAUGGCUGACUCGCUGGGCUCCGUUCACCUCACCGGAGCUGCUGCUGCUGCUACUGCGGUAGCCCAGGCGGUCGCCUCCGCCAAAAGCCCGCAAGUCAAGACGACCGAGGCCAAGGGAGCCCCCGACAACCGCUCUCAGUCUUCCCGGGAUUUCAACCCGCCGCCGCCCAAGAAGGUCCGAGUCGAGGAGAGGAGCGUUAAACCCAAGAAACUCUGCAGGGAAGGAGGAGUGGGAGGCAACGGUAGCGGCAAAGAGAAACUCCAGCAGCUCACGAAGCAGCAGAGUUAUGGCAGCAGCGCGGGUUCGUGGAGCUUCACCCCGGUUAAGACGAGCGGCAACAACCCUCCGGUGCCUGCUACCGGUGGAUCCCAACCGCCGACAAACACACACAAAGUCUUCAAACAGAGCGAUUUCUUCCUCCACAAAGCGCCUUCCUCAUCCAAACCCAAGAAACCGAAUAAAGAUAAACAGCGGGAGAAAGAGAGGGAGAAGGGGAAAGGAAGCGGAGAAGAGAAAAAGAAACAUAAACUGUUGGUGACCUCCGGAUCCGGGAGUAAUGUUAUUAAUAACAACAACGAUAUCAGCAGAUUAAACAACACUUCUGCAGUGAAGAGAGAAAAUGGGGAGGUCAUGUUGCCACCCAAAGAGCACUCCACCAAGGACAAGGCAAAUGAGAGAGACAGAGAGGAGAGGGAGAAGAAGAAGGUGAAAGACAGAGAGAGAGAGAAGAAGAAGCACAAAGUGAUAAAUGAGAUCAAGAGGGAGAACGGGGAAGUCAAGCAGCCGAUUAAAGAUGAAAAAGAGAAAGCCAAGAUCAACUCAGAGGAGCUGCAAAUCAGAAAAGUGAAGAAGAAAAAGAAGAAGAAACACAAAGAGGGGGAGAAGCACAAACGAGUGAAGAUGUACCACCGCUCCUGCCAAACCAUUUGUGCUGGCCUGCUUCUCCUCCCUCCUUCCUCUCCACCCCCCUCCUCUUCUUCUCCAUCCUCCAAUCCCACACACAACUCCUCCCUGUCUCCAUUUAAGUCCCCUCUACCUGUUUACCCCCAACCUAACAACAAAACUGCACAUCUCCUGCCUUCCUCACCUCCUCUCGUCUCCAAAUCUCUCUUUAACUCCUCUCUCCACAACUCUCUGUCGUCCUCCAUCAAGACCCCACAACCUUCCCCGACCAAACACCCGCCGCAGUGCACCUAUCCUGGCAUGGCGGGCCUGGAGUUUGCCCCGUACAUCCACAUAGAGAACCAGCCUAAUGGAGGGGCACUGGUGGCCCACGCCUACACGUCCCAGCUCUCCUCUCUCUCUGUUGGCCAGAGGCAGAGAUUUGCCCAGGAGUUUGUCACCUUGGCUUUCAGCGAGGACUCAUCCCAGGCAGCUCAUUACGUCAUGGGAAUUGUCCACGGAGAAGCGAACUACCUGCCUGACUUCUUGGACUACUUCUCAAACAAGUUCCCAUCAGCUCCAGUAAAAAUUGAAAUACUGGGAAAGAAGGACAUAGAAACCACCACUAUGGCUAAUUUCUACUCUCAGGUGAAGAAAACGUACAGUAAUGGCACAUACAGAGCCGGGGCGAUGAGACAGAUCAGCUUGGUGGGAGCUGUGGACGAAGAGGUCGGGGAUUAUUUCCCAGAAUUCCUCAACAUGCUGGAGGAUUCACCCUUCCUGAAGCGGACUCUUCCAUGGGGAACGUUCUCCAGUCUGAGGCUGAUGAAUCCCACAGAGAGUGACGACGGUCCUAUAAUGUGGGUCAGACCAGGAGAACAAAUGAUACCUGUUGCUGAUAUACCAAAGUCCCCUUUUAAAAGAAAACGCUCCACCAACGAGGUGAAGAACCUGCUACAGUCGCUGCCCAGGACCAGCGAGCCCAGAGAGAUGCUGUUUGAGGAUCGGACUCGGGCCCACGCCGAUCACAUCGGUCAGGGCUUUGAACGUCAAACCACAGCAGCCGUGGGGGUGCUGAAGGCUGUGCGGUCCGGAGAAAGCUCGGAGCCUCCUCGUGUAACCAAAGACGUUGUGUGUUUCCAUGCUGGUGAUUUCCCUCAUGUAGUUCAGAGGCUGCAGUUGGAUCUAUAUGAACCUCCGCUGUCUCAGUGUGUGAAAUGGGUGGAUGAUGCCAAACUAAACCAGCUGCGUCGCGAGGGCAUCCGCUACGCUCGCAUCCGCCUGUGCCACGAUGACAUCUAUUUCAUCCCUCGCAAUGUGGUCCACCAGUUCAAGACCGUGUCGUCUGUCUGCAGCCUGGCAUGGCACGUCCGCUUAAAACAAUACCACCAUGGAGAGGGAGAGGAGGAGGAGGAAGUGAAGGAAGAGGAGCAAGUUGAAUUGAAGGAGAAGGAAAGGGAAACAGUGGAGGAAAAAGAGGAAGAGGAGGGGAGGAGAGAAAAGAAGGGUGAAGUGAAAGAGAGGAUGAAGGAGGAGGUUGACGUGGCAGAAAACAGGACGUUGCCGGCUGUCAAAAAGGAGGAACAACAUCCACCUCUUGUGCCUCAGCCAGGGGACUCGAACGUGAGCAGUGCUAGAAACAGAGAGGAGACGGAGAGGGUAAAAGAAAGAGGAAAACCCAAACAGCAGGUUUCACCUCCCGCAAAGGUGAAAGCAGAACUUCCAGCGCCUCCUGUCUGCAAGAGUAAAUCACCUUCACCUCUCCCUCCUGCCUCUCAUCCUCCUCAUCAGGACACAAAACCCAAAGCAGCAUCAUCAAAGCACCUUCAUCACCACCGCCAUCACCAUCAUUCGGACGGGAGAAUGAUGUCUUCCAGUACAAGUUCCUCCUCUUCAGCUCCUACAUCACCCAUCUCUAAGUCUUCCUCUUCUUUGUCGCCUUCAGCUGUUACUCCUUUACCCUCUUCUUUUGCCGCUCCCAGUCCACCCUCCUCUCCUGUUCUGUCCACAUCUUCCUCCGUGUCAACCUCCACUACAUCUUCCCUGACUAGCCCCAAGCCCGCAGUAGACCCCACACUCCCUCCUUCCGCCGUGUCUUCGACGUCCCAUCCGCCUUCCUCCUCUCAGUCAGACCAACCGAAGGACAAAGACUCACUUUGCCUAAAGCCAGACGCAAGGACGCAGGCGCGGUCGGAGGUGCGGGCGUUACACGGGUCACCUGCUGUGGAUGUACAAACACACACAGACAUACGGACACACACAGUAGCUCGAACGCCAACAGACUCGCGGACACAAACACUCCAAGAGAAAUGGACUCGCAGUGCGGACUCCAGGACGUCUGUGGAUCCACAGCUACAUCCGCCACAGGACAGCGGGAGACAAGGAAUUUACAUGCAGCAAUACACAUCCCAGCACCUCCCACCUCCUCACCUCCCUCACAUGCUUCCCCCCUCUUUCCCCUCUCUCCUGCCACACUCCCAUCUUCCUCACAGACCUCCAAUCCUCCCCCCAAAUCCACUAUCCAAUCCCUCUUUCCUCAGUCAGAAAGCACCACCCCAUUCAGUUCACAUAAGCCAGCUUCACCUGCAUCCCCCACACCAACCAAACAUCACCACACAGUCUCAGCCGUACUACCAGCCUCCCCUAAUCGCCUGCCCGUCUCAACCAAACACCCCCCUCACCAGCCCCCAGUCUCUGCCCCCUCACCUUUCUCAUCACCACCAGUUCGCCCCGCACGCUAAAACCUUCUUCCCCCCUCAGCAUCCCCACUUCCCGUCUCACCACUUUCUCCCCCCUCAGUCUUUCCUCCCUCAACCGCCCAGCUCUUACCCGCUACCACCGCAGUACCAAACCUCAGCACCAGCGCAGGUUCAGCUCCCUCAGCCUUUCCCUCACCCCCCUCCUCCUCCUUCCUCCUCGCCGCCUCCCCCUCCUCCUUCUCAUCCACCUCCUCCUCCCCCUCAACCUUCCCCUAAAGCAUGAAGAGGAGCAGAAACAGAUUUUAUAGUAGUUUUUGUACAUAAUGAUGUUUUUAAAUAUAUAUGUACAAGGUUUUAUUUUGGUUGUGUUGUUGUAAAAUUAUGUAAAAAGGAAAUAAUGAGGACGACAGUGGAGUGUAUCGGUUUGAACACAGUAUCGUAGUUUAUAAAGCAGAGUUGGACUUUAUUUACCCCAAACCUCUUGACAGGACUGGUUUAGAUUGUACUGAUGCUUUGGUUGUGCUUGGGUUAAAAAAUAUUGAGAAUUGAUUGCAUUUAUUGGUAGUUUUUUGUUUUGUUUUUUCCAAUUUUGACUUUAAAGAAGAUAUUAUUCAGGCUUAAAGUUCGAAUGAGCUCCCUAGUCUGAGAAAACUGCUGUCUGGUUCUGUUUUUUUGAAGUGAGCAUAACCCUCAAAUAUCAGAAUAUCUGUGAGCCAUCAGAGGUAGGAAGGAAAAAAAGGUUUCUGCAGACUUUGUGUCAGAUAUUUAUAUGAAAAAGGUCAUGAUGAUGACCUUUUUGUGAAACUUGCAGCUAAUGCUUCCAUUUUUGUGGCUUUUUUUCUAGUGUAUUCUUCGUGCCCAAGACUGUUUCUUGAAUAAUGAUGGGUCAAAUCCUGAUAUUAUACAAUACACUAUUGUGUUGACGUACUAUUGCUACAUUUCCUCUACUAUAUUAUAUCGAUACAUCUUAAUCAAUACAGUAUAUUGCAGUACUUUUCCCUUAUAUUGUAUUUUGAGCAAUAAUGCUCUGCAAUAAUCUAUUGAAUAAGUAUAAAUGCAUCUCCCCAUUAUUGAUAUGGUGACAGCAAGUAUCAGUAUUUUUAUUCUGAUUUCAAAGCUAUUGAUAAAAAGCCAGUAAUGUCCUAUUGAAUCAUGUUCACUGAGGAGCCAGCAGUCAUGAGGAGUGCUUGAAUGUAAUUAACAGGAUUUUUCUAAUCACUUCCAGUGUUUUAUUGUCCAAGAAGAUUAUUAGUGCAGUCUUUAGUGCUGCUAAACAAAAGGAACCCCCCAUGUCAAUUAUAAAUCAGUAUAGUAAGCCACAGUUUACAGUAGCACUGCAUUGAAUCACACCAUAAAGUUGAAUAGUUUAAAGGAAUAGUUUGACAUUUUGGGAGCUGAUGAGAAGAUUAAUACCAUUCUCAAUUGUGUGCGGUAAAUAUAAAGCCGGAGCCAGCAGCCGGCUAGCUUAGCAUAGAGUAAAGACUGGAAAUACUGAAGUCUUGUCAUCUCUGUGAGCAGCCAGGUAACUCAAGAAGUUUCUGUUCCUGGGACAGAGCCAGGGUAGCUGUUUCCCCUUGUUUCCAGUCUUUGUGCUAAGCUAACCAGCUGCUGCUGGUAGGUAGCUUUAUAUUUACUGUACAGACGUCAGAGUGAUAACAAUGUAAGAAGCGAAUAAGCUUUUUUCCUAAAAUGACAAACUAUUCCUUUAAAGUAUUACAAUUAUUAUCUUGUACCUGUAGCCCUCAACACCAGUGGCAGAGCUCUUAGCGUAGACGGUGUAGUCCCUCAUUCGUCCAGGAGUGUUCUAUCGUAGAAAAGGUUUCAGUCAUUCAAUUGAGAAUGACUUCAAUUAAGAAUGACUUCCGGAUGGGAGCCGAAACGUCUUGAUUCUGAAAACAGUGUCCAGAUGACUACGACUGAAACCAGCUCUUAGCGUAAUUUUGCUGUAUUUUUCAGUGUCUGUUGGAUGUGUACCAGGGUCUCCUAGUUUUGAAAACCGAGCACUUGCUGGUCAGCCAAAGAAGAGUUCGACCCAGCCAAGGCUGCUACGCAGACGGCCCGUCAUAGUCUCAGGAAAAAAAACAUUCAGAACACAUCCACAAAUAUAUUGGUCUCCUAAGAAUCCUAAAUCUUAGUAACCUUUUAGACUUUUAGGUAACUGUUCAGGGUCAUUGAAAUGUGGUUAAAUCUGCAGCAUUAUAUAUUAAUACAUAUGCAGCUACAUUAAGAGCUCGCCAUGAGUUAACUUUAGAUCUCACAGCACCUGGAUAUGAAUAACAGAAUAAGCAGAGCAAUAUCAUACAGGUGCAGUAGGUCAAGACUUCCCAAAUGUGACUCAUUACAGCACUUUGUAACAUGGAUAUAUCAACCGCUGUUUAAGUACAGUUGAUAUUAUUGGAGAUACUUUGGGUCAUGACUACCAGAUUAUGUCAGAUUAUCAACAGGGCAAUUUCAGGUCUUCCAAGACUAAUUAAAACUGAUUAAGUUAAUCAUUCAGGCCUCAGCACUUACAUGGCACAAUUUUCUUUUUCUUUAUUGACAUGUGCUCCAAGACACUUUGAUUCCCAACACACUAUUUGUCUAUUUACCUGAAGUCCAGUUUCUCUACAGUGUGGAGCAUCCUUUCUAUUAAAAUGUUUUAUUUAUCGACCAGGGACUGGAGUGACCUUUUGUGUUUUAAAAGUACAGUAAAUUAUUGAUUUUCUGUUUGAGCGACAACUAUGAAGAGUACAUGUUUCUCCAAAUGGAGAAUAUCUGAUUUUAGAGUCAAUCUCUUCUGUCUCUGUGCACCUCCCACAGUUGUGGAACUUUGAUGUUGAGAAAAACUUGAUUUAUUUUUGUCAUUGAUGUCUUGAUUUUGCUAUCAAUAUUACAGCUCACUUGCUAAUGUAGCCCACAACGUUUCCCCAGUGCCUGCCCUUAACUGUGAACUACUAAAUGGUCCAGAGCCACAUAGAGAAGCAGUUCUGUCUUUUCAUGGGAGUUUUUAGGAGUCCUAGUUUUAAGUUUUCAUAGGAAAAUGAGAGCAAAGCCUUAAAUUGGUCUCUAAAGCCGCUGAAAACUCUCCAAAUAUCUGUGGCGUAAGUUGGGAUGAGUCAAACUUUGUGGCUCUCUGGGGCGAUGUCCUAACAGCAGGGUUGUGCUUUUCAUGAUUAGUCUCACCGCCAGCCCAGAAAAUCUUGGAAUAUUAAACAUAAACCUUCAGCUCUCUUCGGGACUUCAUUUCCGAGACAGAACUCUUCAAUUUGUGGCUUUGGGGAGAGCGAGGUGAUAAUGAAGCACUUGAUGCCAGUUGCAAGCAGCUCUUUUUAUGCUUUAGGGUUUCAGAUGUUACAAAAAACCCUGACAGGAACUUAUAUAUUUUUUGUACAAAUGUGACAAAAUUAUGGUUGAAAACAAAACAAGUCUUCAGGGGCUUGCGCUGUUUUCACGGAGUUUAUUUAUCUCAAGGUUUUGGUUUGUUUGUUUUUUUUCUAUUUUGUUUCUGUGAUUUUUAACAGUCAGCACUGUAGUGUACAUAAGAAGUUUUGUAAAGAGGAAAAAACUUGUAGUGUGGUUUCUACUUUAAAUAUGAGCCUAGCUAAUAAAAGGUUCAAUGUAUGGAAAA